AUGUCGAUCCGUUCAAUCACCGCCGCCGCGAUCAUCGCGGCUUCGUCGUUCAUCACCACCACACCAGCCCACGCGACACCCACCACAUUCACCUACCAGGGACACCUCGUCAACGACGGACAACUCGCCGACGGCAUCUACGAGUUCCAGAUCAGACUCCUCGACGACAUCGGGACACAAAUCGGAUCCACCGAGUUCGCCAACGUCGUCGUCAGCGAGGGUACCUUCACGCUCGAUCUCGACUUCGGCCCCUCCGCCUUCGAUGGUUCAGAACGUUUCCUCGAAUUCGCUGUCCGCUCCGUAGACGACGGCGGAUCAUUCGUCACCCUCUCACCGAACCAACGUGUCAACGCAACACCAGCAACGAAGGACCCCAAGGCCCACAAGGACCCCAAGGCGACCAGGGCCCACAAGGCGAACAAGGUGAACCAGGACAAGACGGUCAAGACGGCGCCGACGGCGCACAAGGCCCCGAAGGCCCCGAAGGACCAGAAGGUCCGCAAGGUCCUGAAGGCCCGCAAGGACCACAAGGAAACCAAGGGCCCGCAGGUGAUUCACAUUGGGAUCGAUCAGGGACACGAACCUAUUACACAGACGGGUAUGUCGGGAUCGGCAUCGCUCAACGAUGAAACCGCGAUCUACGCACUCAGUCUCUUUGGUACCGGGAUCCGUGGACAAUCCACAAAGUCCGAAGGCAUCGGGAUCUUCGGUCAAGCAACUGCACCCUCAGGCAACAGCAUCGGCGGUUUGUUCGAAACACACUCCACUACAGGCACCGGACUCCGCGCAUACGCAUACGCAAACUCCGGAACCAACUACGCAAUCCAAGGAUCCACCAACAGCGCCUCGGGAUACGCAGGAUACUUCGAAGGCGGAAGAAACUACUUCGAAGGACGCGUCGGGGUAGGCACCACCUCACCAACCGACGAGAUCCACAUCAACGCACCCGCCGGUGAGUCCGCCUUCCGCGUCCAGCACGACGGACUCACACGCAUCCGCGUCAACGCCAACGGCGGUGUCUCACUCGGAGGGAACUCCACCAUCGUCCCCGCGGGAGACACCUAUGUCGUCAACAACCUCGGAGUCGGAGAAAACGAACCAAGCGCCAAACUCCACGUCAACGCCGAAUCAGGACGAGUCCCCCUCGAGGUCUUGACCAACGGCACACGACGCAUGCACAUUUCAUCAAGCGGCGGUAUCACGCUCGGAGACACCGGCUCCGCAGCCGCCGGUGAUGUCUACAUCGUGAAUGAUCUUGGUGUGGGUGACAGCACUCCAAACGCGAAGCUCCAUGUACGCGGCUCAGCAACGCAGACCCCAUUCCGUGUGGACAAAGGGGAUGGCAACUUCGCCUUGAUCGUGUCAAGUGCUGGAACGGUCACAGUUGACAAUCAAAUCUCGAUCGGUACAGCAUCCGCUCAUAGCUUUGAGCUUGCCGUCUCAGGAUCAGCCGCCAAAACCGGAGGCGGGAGCUGGUCAGUCUUCUCCGAUCAACGCCUCAAGAAAAACAUCACCCCGAUGCAAGGCUCCCUCGAAACACUCACCGCGCUCCGCCCAGUGAACUUCGAAUACACCAACAAAGACCACUUCUCCUACGCAAAGGGCAUCCAGCAAGGAUUCAUCGCACAAGAAGUCCAGCAGGUCAUCCCACAGUGGGUCCACACCGCAGACGACGGCUACCUCUACCUCGACCAAACCGGAUUCGAAGCCCUCGUCGUCGGAGCGAUCCAAGAACUCCGCAGCGAGAACGCCAAGCACAUCCAAGAACUGCAAGCCGAGAACGACCAGCUCCGAUCCGAACUCGAGCAGCUCAAGCAAAUGGUCCGCUACCUGAUCGAGAACUAA